UGUUGUUGUUGCUGUAAAGCACGUUGUGACCUUUGUCAGUGAAAAGUGUACAUACAGUUAUCACACGGUGCAGGUGCAGAUUGGCGGAUGACGUCAGAAGGUGGCGGUAAUGAGCAACAACACGACGAGCGACGAAACCACCAACGAAGAAGACGUCAACGGCUGCUGCACGCUCGGUCGUGUUUGAACUACACUAAUGGAAACGCACUUGGUUGGAAAGUAGUGGAAAUAUAGAAAUAUCACCAGCAGCGAAGGGUUGGAUCUGUACAUAGAGAGAAAUCAACUUUAAGACUCCUUCAUGGCUGCUCCAACACUUCAACAGCCCAGCUUCCUUCUGGCCAAUCUUAAAACUGAUUCAACCACCAAACCGCUCCUCCAACGAUGCCAAGAUCUGGUGAAGAUUAUCGAAGAGUAUCCUGCAAAGGAGCUGCACUUGAUCUUCCCCUGGCUGGUGGAGUGUGUGUUUGGCAGUCUGGACGGCAUCAUCGCUGGCUGGAACCUGCGGCUUCUUCAUCCACGGAACCAUGAGUACAACAUCGUAAUGGAGUUUCUGAACCCGAGCGGGCCAAUGAUGAAGCUUGUGUAUAAACUACAAGCAGAAGAGUAUAAAUAUGAAGUACCCGUCAAUUAUCUCCCGGGUCCUGUGAAGGCCUGCAUCCAGGAGGGAGUCCUCCCAGACUGCCCCCUUUUCCACAACAAGCUGCAGUUCCCCCUGUCUGGUCUGCUGUCGCUGAACCUUGCUCUCAAUCCUUUUGAAUUCUUCAUGUUCAACUUUGCCUACUGUCUCAUCACGCCAAAGAUCUACCCUCAGGGUUAUCAUGGGAGCUCCACUGACAGCGCCUACUUUGUGCUCGUGGACACCUACCUCAAAUACUUCCUCCCCAGUGAAGGAAAUGUUCCCCCGUCCCCUUUCUUGGACUCCAGAGGAUCAGUCACUGCACCUUCUCCAAGGUCCUCCAGUGUUUCUUUUGCUGGUUAUGGCGUCCACAGUCCCAGUCUCCUCAAGCAUCACAUAUUCCAUCAGCCGUCAGUCAACGCAGACCCCUCGGCCCAGGAGAUCUGGAGGUCUGAAACACUCUUACAGAUGUUUGUGGAGAUCUGGCUCCAUCACUACUCCCUGGAAAUGUACCAGAAGCUGCAGUCUCCUCAAGUAAAGGUAAGAGAAAUACUCCCCUCACCUGUUCACUUCACUGCAGCACCGCAACCCCCCACCCACCCACUGUGACCAGACACAAACACACACAAACAUCUCUCUACCAUCCCUUGUUCCACUGUUAAGAGGUUCUACUCUUUCACUUUGUUUCCCAUUAGUUGUUUUAUGAAGAACCAGCUUCUGUGGCUCAUAAAUACAAAGAAGACAGAAAACAAGAGAGUGAAGAUGCAUUCUUCAUGUUUUUGAAAAGUUUAGAGUUGAGAAUAAACUCACAUGUGAUUGUGUUCACACUGCAGGCAGCUACAUGUUCAUUAACCAUCAGGAGUGUUGUGCAGAGUAUUGAAGUGUUUUCAGACUGAGGCCUCGUCCACACGUAGGCGGGUAUUUUUGAAAACAUAGCUUUACCUGUUCGUUUAGGUCACUGUGAACUCACCUUCUUUAAAACUCCUUCCAGAGUGAAGGGGGAUGGCCGACGUAACCAAACUAGCGCUGGUGCUAAUGUUGCUAACUGGACUUCUUACACGCUCACACAUACAU